AUGGUCUCCGAGAACUCUAUGAACCUCCCCCCUGACAAGGUACGACUGCUGCGUUGCUACGACAACGAGAAGAAGUGGGAGCUGAUCUGUGACCAGGAGCGUUUCCAGGUGAAGAACCCCCCUCACACCUACAUCCACCGCCUGCACAGCUUCCUGGACCCGGCCGUCACCCGCAAGAAGUUCCGGAGGCGGGUCCAAGAGUCGACCCAGACCCUGAGAGAGCUGGAGAUCUCCCUCCGCACAAACCACAUAGGCUGGGUCCGAGAGUUCUUGAACGAGGAGAACCAGGGACUGAAUGUUCUGGUGGAAUACCUCUCCUUCGCCCAGUACGCCAACACGUUUGACGGGGAGCAGUGCGAGGGGAGCAGCGAAGCUGCGUCCGUCGACUCUCCUUGGAGUCGGUCCAUCGAGGAUCUCCAUGACAACAACCUCCCCUCCCCCUCCUCCGGUCACAACAUCCCCCGAGCAUCACGCCUCUCUAUCAGCUCUGCUCUAGUGACGCGCUCCAACACGUUGCCAAGCAGACGGACUCUGAAGAACUCACGUCUCGUGUGUAAGAAGGAUGACGUCCACGUGUGUGUGAUGUGUCUGCGAGCUGUGAUGAACUACCAGUAUGGCUUCAACAUGGUCAUGUCUCACCCUCAUGCUGUGAAUGAGAUUGCCCUGAGUCUCAACAACAGAAACCCCAGGACUAAGGCCUUGGUCUUGGAAUUGUUGGCUGCUGUCUGUCUGGUGAGAGGAGGCCAUGAGAUCAUCCUGUCUGCCUUCGACAACUUUAAAACAGUCUGCUCAGAGUCGAUGCGUUUUGAAAAGCUGAUGGAACAUUUUAAGAACGAAGACGAUAACAUCGACUUUAUGGUAGCCUGUAUGCAGUUCAUCAACAUCGUGGUCCACUCCGUAGAGGACAUGAACUUCAGAGUCCACCUGCAGUACGACUUCACCAAGCUGGCCCUCGACGACCACCUCGAGCGGCUGCGCUCCACGGAGAGCGACCGACUGCAGGUGCAGAUCCAGGCCUACCUGGACAACGUGUUCGACGUGGGUACGCUGCUGGAGGACGCCGAGACCAAGACGGCCGCGCUGGAGCGGGUGGAGGAGCUGGAGGAGGGCAUGAACACGAUGAGCGAGCGGCUGCUGGACGUGGAGAAUGAGGCGAUGGUGAAGAUCGUGGAGCUGGAGAAGCAGCUGAUGCAGACCAACAAGGAGCUGGACCAGGCCAGGGAGGUGUACGUGAGCGCUAACUCCCAGGUGCACACGCUGCGCCGCAUGGUGCGGGAGAAGGACCAGACCAUCCGUCGGCAGAGCCAGCUGACGGAGCCGCCGGGGGGACCUGCUGCUCACCAGCCAAUGAGAGGAGAGGGGGACGGGGGCGUGGCCGACUCCGGCUGCCCCUCCCCGCCCCCCUGCCUCACCAUGUCGUCAAGCACGGAGCCGUCCUAUCACAGCCUGGGAGCCGGUCUGGGAGAGGCUGAAGGCCUGCUGGCUCCUCCCCCGCCUCCUCCACCUCCUCCACCCGCCCUCUGCAGCGGCUCCAUUGGGGCGUACCCAGCUCCUCCGGGGAUGGCUCCACCUCCUCCUCCUCCACCUCCUCCACCUCCUCCUCCCUGCCGCAGCAGUGAGCUCUCCUGCGCCUCCCCCAUGCCCCCCCCUCCCCCCCCUCCCCUCCCGGGCUGUGGGGGGGCCCCCACAGUCAUCUUCAACUCCGGACUGGCAGAGGGUCCACUCAAGCUAUUCUCGGUGAAGAUCAAGAAGCCGAUCCAGACUAAGUUCCGGAUGCCGGUCUUCAACUGGGUGGCCCUGAAGCCCAGUCAGAUCAACGGCACCGUGUUCAACGACCUGGACGACGAGAAGGUUCUCCAGGAGCUGAACGUGGAGCAGUUUGAGGAGAUGUUUAAGACCAAGGCGCAGGGCGCAGCCCCCGACAUGACGCUGGCCCGCCACAAGGCCCCCCAGAAGGGCCCCGGCCGGGUGUCCCUGCUGGACGCCAACCGGGCCAAGAACCUGGCCAUCACGCUGAGGAAGGCCGGGCAAAACUCUGACGUCAUCUGCAGAGCCAUCCAGACGUUCGACGUGCGGGCAGUGCGCGUGGACUUCGUGGAGUGUCUGAUGCGGUUCCUGCCCACGGAGGGAGAGCUGAAGACACUCCGUCAGUACGAGAGGGACAGGAAGCCCCUGGAGGCGCUCAGCGAGGAGGACCGCUUCAUGAUGCAGUUCAGCCGCAUCGAGAGGCUCAACCAGCGCAUGACCAUCCUAACCUUCACCGGCAACUACACCGACAACGUCACCAUGCUGACCCCCCAACUUCAUGCCAUCAUCGCGGCCUCCGUCUCCAUCAAGUCCUCCCAGAAACUCAAGAAGAUCCUGGAGGUUAUUUUGGCGUUGGGAAAUUACAUGAACAGCAGCAAACGUGGAGCAGUCUACGGAUUCAAACUCCAGUGUUUAGACCUGCUGCUGGACACCAAGUCCACAGACAGGAAGCAGACUCUGCUGCACUACCUUGCGGCGCUGGUGAGGGACAAGUACCCCGGGGUGGCCAUGUUCUACAACGAGCUGCACUACAUCGACAAGGCUGCUAACGUCUCUCUGGACAACGUGCUGAGCGAUGUGAGGGAGAUGACACGGGGCAUGGAGUUGACCUGGAGGGAGUUCAGCGUCCACGGACACAACCCCACGCUGAAGGACUUCAUCAGCAAGCACGAGGCGCGCCUCACCAAGCUGCAGGAGGACGCCCGCAUCGCACAGGAUGCCUUCGAGGACGUGGUAAAGUUUUUCGGUGAGAGCUCCAAGACCGCCCCCCCCUCCGUCUUCUUCCCCGUCUUCGUCCGCUUCAUCAAGGCCUACAGGCUGGCUGAGGAGGAGAACGAGCAGAGGAGGAGGCAGGAGCUGAUGCUGCAGGAGAAACUGGAGCAGGAGGAGCAGCAGCAGGAGCAGCAGCAGACCAAGUCCCCCAGCCACCGGGGGAAGCGGCAGCAGAAGGAUCUGAUCUCUGAGCUCCGAAAGAAGCAGGGAGGGAAGGACGGACGGCACGUCUACGAGGGGACGGACGGGGCAAUCGAGGACAUCAUCACAGUGCUGAAGACCGUCCCCUUCACGGCCCGCUCGGCCAAACGCAGCUCCCGCUUCUUCUGUGAGCCCGCCCACUCCACGGAGGACCACUACUGA